AUGGAGUAUGCCCACAAGAAGCUUGAUAACGUUCAACUAUGUUUAAUAUCGGAUGCAGAGCAAAGCCAUUCAAGUUCCACUAUAUCUACUCUUGUUAUUGAAAAGUGUCCAACCUCAAAAGAAUGUGCUAUAACCCAUUCAGGGGAUACUUCAGACAACAAUGUAGAUAUACAGAACUUAAGUGAGCAGUCCACUUCUAAACUCUCUACUCUAAAUAAUCAAAUGCUAAGUACAUCAAAGUCUAUAUUAAAUGGAAAUUUGUAUGAUGAAUCCCUAUCCGGACCAAAUGACUUGGCGUACGAUGAUUUAGUAACUAAGGAUAGUGAGAAUGUACCAUUGGUUGAAAAUACUGACACCAUUCAUCUACCGCUAGAGUCUUUACUUUCUAGCGUAAAGGCAAAAGUAACAGAUCCUAACUCUGAUCAACUAGAGCAAUUGACAGAGAAUUUAGUCCAUCCGACAAAGUGUUCUAGUCCUAAAAGUCCUGUCAACAAACUACAAACACAUCCCACAAGCAGCAAAAUAUUUCGACCUUUCGAAAGUAACAAUAAAGAGAUACAACUAAUGCAUGUCACAUUGAAUGUUGUUGAAGUCGACAAUCCCCGCACAUGCACGCCCGAUAAAACAAAUAAGAGUAGCUUAAAUUUUGUAUUGGAUAAAUCAAAUAAAACGCAGAAUGUGUCUUUACCAGAGCAGACAGAAAUCACGGAAAGAUUAGGACAUUAUGAUAGUAGAACUAAAGCAUGUAUAACACAUGAUAAAUCUGAGGAGUCUGUUAGCAAGAAAGCUGUAUAUAAUAACACGAUAGGAUUAGCUUGCCAUUACUUGUGUGCUUGUUGCGCAAAAAAAUGUCAAGGCUACCUUAACAAAACACAUUGGAACAUUCGUAUGGAAAACUCUCUUCUAUCAUCUAGUGAGGACAUUCUUUCUGUAGUACAAAGACAAGACGAAGCUUUUCAAAUGAUGGAAGAGAAGUCAAACGAAACAAAAGUGCAACUCGACAAAACGCCCACUGCUGAUAAAUCUCAGCACUUUCAAGUUCUACCAUGUAGCCUAUCAGAUGACACAGACACCAAUGACAAUGUCGUAAAAUCUACAAGCAACGUUCAUGAUGGCACAUCUCUAGCAUGGCACCAGUCACAUCAAAAGGUCUGUCAGCAAGCCAGUCCCGCUCAGUCUAUCAAAUCAGAUCUUUCCAGAACAUACACUCACUCAGCUACUGGUGAGCAGUCAUGGCCAUUAAUCACUGCAAGUCAAAUAUCUCAAGAAUGCAAUUUUGACCAUUUAUCAGCAUCAAUCAGGAGUAUAGACAAUGCACAGGAGAGAGAAAGUGAAUCGAACAUGGUGACCGACGAGAAGGAGAAUACCACUGAUGACGACAAUGACAGCCUGGACUACUACACAGGUGUGUACAAGAAGAACCGUCGUAAUCGUACAACGUUCAGCCCAGAGCAGCUGGUAGAACUUGAGAGACUAUUCCAGGCUAACAUGUACCCAGACUGCACCACCAGGGAAGAAAUAGCCAACAGGUUGGGAUUGUUGGAGGCCAGGAUACAGGUGUGGUUUCAGAACCGAAGGGCCAAGUAUCGAAAACACAUCAAGGUCAUAGCAGGACAAACGAUCGCGCCUUUACCGGGGUUACCUCCAUUUUCUUCACCCUUUGAACAAGGCAGAGGGGGCCCUCCAGUUCCAAGCCUGUUUGGAAAUGUGAAUCUCAACCCGCUGUCCAUAUUUCAGCCCAACCUCUUCAAUAUGUCUCUUUACGCCCAUGCACAAACGGUUCUACGUCUGCAAACUUCUACCAAGAGUGAACAAUUAAUUCAUCGCGCAGCUUCCGCCCAACUGCAAGGGAUAGCUUCCGCUGCAGCAGGUUCUGUCAGUGAUCCGACACGUCAGAUGGAUAGACCAGCACAGUUAUUUAUUGGAUGAUAAAUAGUUUUUUUUUUAUUUCAAUGAAUACAAAAAUAUUAGAAAUUGUAUAUUGAUGAUAGGACAAAAUAAAAGUAAUGAUCAAAAUACAGCUAUAUAUGUAUAUUUCGUAUACCUGAUGUAUUUCACAUUUACGAUUGAAAAGUUUUAACUAUCGCAAGGAGGAAAGAUGACUGCACAUAAAUAUAAUAAUACAAAUAGCCCCAAAACGGGGCUAAGACCAAAUACUAGCCCAUAAUGCCAUAAUUUAUUCAAUACAGGAAACUGUUAUGAACUUUACGGGCUUUUUAUUUAUACCCAGCUCAUUUAUAUAUAUGUAUUAGACAGCUGCUGUCGGGACGAUAGUGAAAAGGCUUUGUCUGUUCAGUUUAAGUAUAGUGCUAAUCACGUGACAAUCAUACAUAGGGCAGGUUAUGAUGUGAUAAUUGAAUGUGGUGCGACUUUAUCAAACCUUAAGAAUUGUAAGAUUAGUUAGUGCGAUAAUAAAA